UUCCCGCGCAGGCGCGAAGCGGGCUGGAUGCUGUGAGGAGGAGGAGGAGGCGGAGGCGGCGGCGAUGGCGCUUAACAAGAACCACUCGGAAGGCGGCGGCGUCAUCGUUAACAACAGCGAGAAUGUUUUGAUGACCUAUGACCAUAUAGAAAUUACCUUCAGUGAUCUGGAGCCAAUGCCAGAGGCCUUCAAGGGAACCAAGAAGGGGAGUGUUUUCCUGACUCCCUAUCGGGUUAUCUUUGUGUCAAAGGGGAAGGAUGCUAUGCAGUCAUUUGUGAUGCCCUUUUACUUGUUGAAAGAUUGUGAGAUUAAGCAGCCAGUGUUUGGAGCAAAUUACAUCAAGGGCACAGUGAAAGCAGAGGCAGGAGGUGGCUGGGAAGGAUCUGCCACGUUCAAGAUGAGCUUUGCAGCUGGGGGUGCAAUUGAAUUUGGGCAGCGGAUGCUGCAGGUGGCAUCACAAGUCUCCAGAGGUGAGAUACCCAGUGGAGCUUAUGGCUAUUCCUACAUGCCAAAUGGAUCCUAUGCUUUUGCACCACCUGCAGCUAAUGGGGGCUAUCCAUACCCACCUCCUCCUCCAGACUUUUAUCCUGGUCCUCCUGCAGCAGAUGGAAACAUGGGCUACAUGCAGCUUCCACCCCCACCCUACCCAGGGCCCAUGGAACCCCCUGUCAGUGGCCCAGACCUGCCCUCCACUCCUGCAGCUGAAGCCAAGGCUGCUGAGGCUGCUGCCAGUGCUUACUACAGCCCAGGCAACCCCCACAAUGUCUACAUGCCCACGGACCAGCCACCCCCUCCUCCAUACUUCCCACCAGAGGACAAGAAGAACCAAUAAGCUGACAGAGAACUUCUCCACAACUCAUUGCUUUCUUUUUUUCCAUUUUGGCAGAAUUCUGGGGCACAGUCCAUAGCACUGAGGAGUAGAGCCUUCCCCCAAGGCACACUGCUUUCAGGGGCUCUAGGAGUAGGUGUGUGCAGAGCAAGGGGAGGGAUUUUGGCAGCCUGGAUCAUCUGUGGAGCUCUGAGGGUUUGCUGUCCUGCAGCAUUCCCUCCUCCCUGUGCACAGUAUCGCUACACCUGGGGGUUCUCUUCACCUCUGACUGCUUCCCUUAGCUCUGUUUCUUUUCAUACUUAAAUUAUACCUCUUUAGAGUCAGCAUCUGCCCUAAACUGCUAAUUAACAUGAUCAUGACAUGGAAACAAGGCUCUUGGGGGUGGGAGGUGCCUUGAAUUUACCUUAGUGUGCAUCCAAGAGCACCUCUGGACACAGGGAUGCCUCUGGGUAUUCUUUUUAAUCCAGAGUGUCACAUACAACUCUUUGCUUUUGAGAAAGGACUUCAAAGGCAACCUUUGGGAUCUCAAAGGAAAUACGCACCUAUGACAUUUUUCAGAUACAUACUCAACUUUCUUGGGUUUCUUUUUUUAAUUUUUUUUUUUAAUCUAAGUCAUUCCUGACAAUCAUAGCAAACAGUCUGAUAGCCCUUCAGAUUUUCCUGCUGCUCACCACGUAUGACAAUGCUGACCAACUUCCUUUCCUCAGACAUGCUGCUCUUCACAGGGCUCUCCAGUACCAUCUGACCAGUUUAGAUCCCAUGGGAACACUAAUAUUUCUGCACUCUCUAUUUUCCAGUUAGAUAAUGUGAGUUCACUGAGUCCUGAACAUCCUCCUCAUAGUCUACAAUGCACUUUUGUUUUUCCUUUGUUGUAACACAAGUUCCACUUUUUGGCCAGUGAAGCAUCUUCCUGCUGUGAUUUACCUGGUGAAUUUACAGCUGAUGGGCAGAAAGCAGUUGCUUUACUUCUACCCUGAGAGAAUAUGCAAAACAUUGGAAUAAGCUCUAAAGUACAAAGUGUUGUUUAUUGCUGUUUGUGUUCCUGGUCCAGCUGUGAAUUCCCAAUCACCCAAACGUGGACUCCUCAUAGCAUUGAUUCCUUGGUCUCUUUAGCAACAACUCCAGUGCAGAACCUCUGCAGGACUGAUCAGAAUCUGGGCUGGGAAACUUUUGUGUGUUGUACAGAGAAAAUCCUUCCCAGCAAAGUGUGACACAAGAUCCUGUGCUAGGGAACUGCUGAGACUUGCUGCAUGCAGCCUGCUCGAAGAGAAAAAAGGUUCACCUCUUGUUUUGUUUUUCUUUGAGUUUAGCUGAUUAAUGAAAUUGCUACUGUUUGUGCACUGACUUUUCUAGAAUUGCUACUGCGGUGAUGUAAAGAAAUGGUUAUUUAAAAAAAUAUUUAUUUUGAAAGCAUUUGAUUAAUAUAUUAAUGUGAAAUGACUUUUGAAUGCAGAUUUGUUUUGCCAAGACUGUGAAGUAAAAAGAAAUGAGCUCAAAAA